UUGAGCAGGGAAUUGCCGGAGGGGACACACACUGAUCCAUGGCUGGGCACAGGGCUGGGCUGUUGGCUAUACUGACUGGGACGCUGCUGGUUUCAGUCUGGGGAUGGGGACUGGUUUCUCCAGUCCAUGGAGGGGGCACGCGGUGGGAGGUCGUGAAUAAAACCCAAUUGAACAAAUCUGACCGGGAGUUAGACUGGGAUGACAGUGAUUUCAGCGUUGGACUAAGUCAAGUCUCUGAAGUUGAAGAUGCAAGCGAGGACUUUGAUCCCUAUGCUAACUCUGGUUACCAUGUGGAGUACAUCGAUCCUUCAGACUCUGAUCUUUCAAACUCCGAUGCUUCAAACUUGGAUCCCAAUGCUCACUCUGGUUACCAUGUGGAAUACAUCGACCCUCCAAACUCAGAUCUUUCAAACUCCGAUGCUUCAAACUUUGAUGCCAGUGCUCACUCUGGUUACCAUGUGGAAUACAUCGACCCUCCAAACUCAGAUCUUUCAAACUCCGAUGCUUCAAACUUGGAUCCCAAUGCUCACUCUGGUUACCAUGUGGAAUACAUCGACCCUUCAAACUCUGAUCUUUCAGACUUUGAUCUUUCAAACUUUGAUCCUCUUCCUGAAUUUGAUUACCCAGGGGAAUACAUCGACACUUCAAACUCAGACAUUUCAAACUCUGAAUUUAAGUUUGGUGUUUUAAACCAUUGCCCAAGUGUUGUCAAAUCACUUCCUGGUGGUCUAGAAGUCAUUUGCGGUCAAGAUGAAUUCAGAGUCACUUUGCCAUCUGGUUCAAUAAGUGAAAUCAAAGUAUUGGGAUCUGAUGUCCUGCUGCCUGUUCAGGAUGCUCCACAGUCUUGUGGUUAUGACCUGGACCUCCUUGAUAACACCUUGACUGUGCCCUUCUCAGGGUGCCACGUGAAACAGAAUGCUGAGAGCUACACCCUCCAGCUGUUGUACAUCAAUGUAGCUGGUCAGACGGACUUGGCUACAGCAUCUUGUGAGGCACGUCCACGUUUCAAGUGCUCUAACACAGCUCCUACUCACAAACGCUCACCAGUGCCACAGGUUGAGUGGAAACAAUCAUCAAACUCACAAGGUUGCAGUAUCCCUAAGGCAGAGCAGGUGACCUGUGGCAGUGCAGGAAUAUCCUCCUCAGAAUGUGAAAAGUUGGGUUGCUGUGUGGAUUCUUCUACAUCUGCCUGCUACUACCCCAUGGAUGAAUGCACUGACGAUAAAAAGUUUAUAUUUUCCAUCCGCCAUAACUCGGCAUCUGUCGCUCUGGACCCCACCAAGCUGGUUAUUCCCGGGAAGCCAAGCUGUAAACCGGUUGUUGUUAAUGACAAGGUUGCCAUCUUCAAGUUCUCUGUUACAGAUUGUGCAACUCGCUCAUAUCAAGUUGGUGAAACACAGAUCUACCUGGCUGAAGUGCAGACUAUUGUUGAGGCUCUUAACCUGAAGUUUGGUGCCAUCACCAGGUCUAAUCCACUUAGAUUCUAUAUCGAGUGUCGCUAUCCAAAAAGUGGCUCUGCUAAUAAGCAGUCACUGGCCAGCAUUGGCUACAUGGUCAGGAGCCCCAGUAUGUCCCCGCCUCAACAAGUCAUCUUUAAUGGAAAGUAUGGAGUUGAACUGAGAAUUGCUAAAGAUCAAAGUUACUCCAGUUACUAUCCAACAUACCACCAGCCGUUGCGACUACUCCUUGGCAAACCUGUGCAUCUUGAACUCCGUUUGAAGUCUCCAAGACCAGAUGCAGUAGUUCUUGUGAACUACUGUCUAGCUUAUCCUCGUUCUGCCAAGAAUGCUCUUGUACUCAUUUAUGAAGGGUGUGCCAACCGCCUUGACCCCAAUGUGUCCAUUCUUAAAGUCAGUGACCUGCCAAAAAAUCGACACCAGAGACGUUUUGUGGUCAAAGCUUUUCAGUUCAUGGAUCAGAAGACAAAUAAGUACCUGAAUGAAGAGAUCUACUUCAUGUGCUCCACAGAAGUGUGCAAGCCAGAGUUAAAGACAUGUGCAGAGCGUUGCUUUGAUGGAAAGUCUCCAUCUUAGAUGCCAGUUACCAGCCUCCCUUCCUCCAAGGCACCACAAGGAUGUCUAAUCCAAGAUCUGUUGAUAAAUAUGGCUGUUAUGUUUGUGUGUAAAUAUAGAAAAAAUUUUAUUCAAGAACAUGACUCUUGGGAGUUCUGUUAACAGUUAUGAAACAGUGUUAAGAUGUCUUAGUCAGAAGGAUAUGAAAUUAAAUCAGCAAGUUGUUCUCGGUAUG